GCACGAGGAAAGCUCCUCCAGUCACAGGCUGCUUUUCUCUCUGCUGGGUCAGGGCGGCUGCGCGCUGCGCCCUGAUUGGCUGAGAGCUGGGGGUCUUGAGCGCGCAAGCGCAUGCCUCGGUUACUAAGGGCGGGAGCCCGGCGAGGGCGCCGGCGGCUUGUGCUGUCUCUGGUCCCCUACGAAGCCUGUCCCCGCUCACCAUGCCGAACCGCAGGGCCAGCCGUAAUGCCUACUAUUUCUUUGUGCAGGAGAAGAUUCCCGAACUCAGGCGGCGGGGCCUGCCGGUGGCUCGCGUAGCUGAUGCCAUCCCCUACUGCUCUUCUGACUGGGCGCUCUUGAGUGAGGAAGAAAAGGAGAAAUACGCAGAAAUGGCUCGAGAAUGGAGGGCUGCCCAGGGGAAGGAGUCUGGGCCUGUAGAGAAGCAGAAACCUGUUUCCACACAACUGAGGCGACCAGGCAUGCUUGUACCAAAGCAGGAUGUUUCACCCCCAGAUAUGUCAAGUUUGUCUCUAAAAAGUGAUCAAGCUCUCCUUGGAAGCAUUUUUUAUUUUUUGAACAUUUUUAGCCAUGGUGAGCUACCUCCUCAUUGUGAACAGCGCUUCCUCCCUUGUGAAAUAGGCUGUGUUAAAUAUUCUCUUCAGGAAGGCAUUAUGGCAGAUUUCCACAGUUUUAUAAAUCCUGGUGAAAUUCCACGAGGAUUUCGGUUUCAUUGUCAGGCUGCAAGUGAUUCCAGCCACAAGAUUCCUAUUUCAAACUUUGAAUCUGGGCAUGACCAAGCAACUGUGUUAAAAAAGCUUUAUCGAUUUAUUCACCCAUACCCAGGGAAUUGGCCACCUAUCUACUGCAAGUCUGAUGAUAGAGCCAGAGUGAAUUGGUGUUUGAAGCAUAUGGCGAAAGCAUCCGACAUCAGGCAAGAUCUAGAACUUCUCACUGUAGAGGAUCUUGUAGUGGGGAUCUACCAGCAAAAAUUUCUCAAAGAACCCUCGAAAACCUGGGUUCGGAGCCUCCUAGAUGUGGCCAUGUGGGAUUAUUCUAGCAACACAAGGUGCAAGUGGCAUGAAGAAAAUGAUAUUCUCUUCUGUGCUUUAGCUGUUUGCAAGAAAAUUGCGUACUGCAUCAGUAACUCUCUGGCUACUCUCUUUGGAAUCCAGCUCACAGAGGCUCAUGUACCUCUCCGAGAUUACGAGGCCAGCAAUAGUGUGACUCCCAAAAUGGUUGUAUUAGAUGCAGGGCGCUAUCAGAAGCUAAGGGUUGAGAGUCCAGGAUUCCCUCAUUUCAGCUCUAAUCAGGACCAAAGAUCAAACACACCCACUGGUGACUACCCAUCUGGGGUAAAAAUUUCUGGCCCACACAGCAGUGUCCGGGGAAGAGGGAUCACCCGCUUACUAGAGAGCAUCUCCAAUUCCUCCAGCAAUAUCCACAAAUUCUCCAACUGUGAGACUUCACUCUCACCUUACAUGUCCCAAAAAGAUGGGUACAAAUCUUUCUCUUCCUUAUCUUAAUGAUGGUACUUUUUUCAAUUUCUGGAAAAAUGACAGGCUCAACUUCCCUUCUGACUAAGAUCAUAUUAAACAGAUCACAUCAAUGAUAAAUGUCACUACAGUAAAAACUACUGAAUUUGUAAGGAAAUUCUGUUUCAUAGAUUAAAAAUAAUUGUGGUUGGAGAAGAUCCUGGAACUUUUGCUUUUUUUUUUUUUCUCCUGAAGGCUUGUUCUACUUCCUGAGUGUAGAUUGGGAUUCCAUUAAAAUUUUGAGUCCUAUAACAACAAAAUUGAAAUUUGCAGAGUUGUGCUUUUGGGAAUUUUAUUUUUGGGUAAUCUUUUUCCCCACUGUAAUACAGGUAUUGAAUAUCCAUUAUAAAAGGUU